CUCCCGCAGCUGCACGAAUCACGGGCUUAUGUUGGCUAACAAACGCAUCUCUUUUGCCAUUCCGAAGCAAAGGCGCGGCAGCUCGCUCGCUCUCGCCUUAACCUCCUUCCUUCCAAAGGCAAGCAAAGCAAGGCAAAGCAAGCGAGAGCGAGAGCGAGAGCGGGGGGGAGAGGGAGAGCGAUGGGAGGAGACCUGCAGCGGCGGGGCGGCGCCGUGCGGUUCAGGAUGCCGCGGCGCCGGGCGCUGGCGGCGGGGCCGCCGCUGCUGCCCGGGGCGGCGGCGCAGGGGGAGCGCAGGAGGAAGAAGAUGGCGGUGGCGCGGCUGGGCGGCGGCCGCGGGGGAUUCUUCGGGGCGGUGCGCCGGCUGCGGAUGCGGUGGGUGGCGGCGGCCUACCGGCGGGCGCUGCGCCGGCUGCGCGCCUUCUACGCCCGGGCGCUGGAGGACCUCCUCGAGGGCGCGGCGGCCGUUAGCAUGAUGCAAUCCAACUACGCCGGCGCCGACUGCUCCUUCGGCACCGCCUUCGCUCCCGCCGUCACCGUCGGCAACCGCUACUGACGCCGGCCCCCCGCGCCGAGCGAGGAUCUGAUGGAGCGGGAGAUCGAGCACGUCGUCCGUGUGUAGUGGUACUCGUCUCGUGCUUGACUCAGCUGCUUGGGAUCGAUCGACGUUCUACCUCCUUGAUCUGUACGUGUACGUACGUAUAAACUCUGUUGUUUAAGUUAGCUAGCAUGUUACUGCUGCUGCUACUUAAUUUCUGAAUCAAAGGACAGGCGAUGAUGAUAAACUAAACGAGGAAAGAAAGAAUCAAAUUUCUUUUCCUUCGUUCGAGUCUUGUUCAA